AUGGAUUGCCAAACGCUCGGAUCCGGAAACUUGCGGGACGCUGUGCGAUUGCCAAAGGGCGAAGAUAUAAACGAAUGGCUGGCGGUGAACAUUGCAGACCUGUCAAACCAAGUCUGCAUGCUCUACGGCAUGCUGGACACAAUUUGCACGAGCUCGAGCUGCCCAAAAAUGAGCGUCCAGGGUCACGAAUACGACUUCCAGGAUAGCCAAAAGCAAACCCUGCACACCACCGCCCCGAUGUACAUUUCAUAUUUGUUGACGGGGAUCCAGGAGCAGCUGGAUGACGAGACGAUAUUUCCGAGCCAACUCGGCAAACCCUUCCCAGCCGACUUCAUCUCGAUCUGCGAGGGAAUUAUGUGCCAGCUUUUUCGCGUUUUUGCCCAUGUUUAUCAUGCGCAUUUGAACGAG